UAAAUUAAAAAGGAGCGCGGGGGAUCGUUAAAAAGACGUAGCAAAAGCUGGGGAGGGAAAGCUGAGAGCCUGGGACACCCAACCCCAUCCAGCCUCUAUCGCUGCUUUGUUCCAUAUUUAGCCCCCGACAACUGCCUCCAGCGCAGGGACUCCCAGCUCUGUUUUUCCCUGCCCCCUGCACUCCCUGAGCUCUCCAAAAUUGCUCUUUUUCCCGGUGGCUGUAACUGACUGCCCCCACAGCCGAGGAGAUGGCAGAAAAGCAGGAGGAGCCCAGCAACACCCAGAAUGGUGAACCCGACAACGCAGAGGAGGGCGAGGGGAAAAAGAAGAAGAAGGUGAAGAGGGAAGACCUGCCUCCGUUUGAAAUCGUGACAGGGGAACGCCUCCCAGCCAUAUUUUUCAAGUUCCAGUUCAGGAACGUGGAAUACAGCUCAGGCAGGAACAAAACCUUCCUGUGCUACGUUGUAGAGACCCAAGGCAAAGAGUCGACGACUUCCCGGGGUUACCUGGAAGAUGAGCACGCAGCCUCCCAUGCAGAAAUCGCUUUCUUUAACACCAUUUUGCCAAAGUGUGAAUCGAGCCUCCGCUACAACAUCACCUGGUACGUCUCCUCCAGCCCCUGCGUGGCCUGCGCCGAUCGGAUCAGCGAGACCCUGAGGAAGAACAAGAACCUGCGCCUUACCAUCAUGGUGGGACGCCUCUUCAUGUGGGAGGAGCCAGACAUGCAGGCUGCCCUGAAAAAAAUGAAGUCUGCUGGCUGCAAGCUGAGGAUCAUGAAGCCUCAAGACUUUGAGUACGUCUGGCAGAACUUUGUGGAACAGGAAGAAGGAGAGGAAGCAAAGGCUUUCGUGCCAUGGGAGGACAUUCAAGAGAACUUCCAGUACUACGAGGAGAAGUUGGCUGAGAUUCUGCAGUGAAGCUCACGUGAGUGAGGACUUCUGUUUGCUCACCUGGCUCCCUGUAUUACUACUAGACUUGUCUUUUUCUUCAGGUUGUUAAAAACACAGCAUGCAAUCAUUUUCAUUUACUAUUCCCUCUGUGCCCAGCUGCACCUGGCAGUACCUGAAUAUUAUCCUAGGCAGCACCUUCCCCCUCUAGAGGCAGAAAGGACACAAUUGUCUCCUUCACAGCAGAUGCUGAAGGGACUUAGAGAUAUUUUUUCCCUCGCAGUGAACACCUCCCAGGGGAAAAAGAAUUACAAGGUAGGAUCGCUAGAUGGAACAAGAGUACCUCACUAUUCCCUGCAUGUAUGAUAUUCAGAACACAUGUGAAAGAAACCAAAGAACAUACAGAAAAAUGGAGCUUCCCCCCACACCCAGAACAAAAACCAAAGCAACAACACACCACUAAAAGCAACCAGUUGUGACAGCAUGCUCCUUUUUAUGGGGUGCAGAAGACUCGCCUAUUUAAGCAGUAAAACACAAAAGCAUUUGAAGCUUGUAACAUGUUCCUCUCCCUUCCCUCCAGGCCCAUCUCAGGAAAGAUCCACACAGAGACACAACUGACUUGGACACUGGGACACCCCUGCCUCCCAGAGCUUUGAAUCCAGCAGAUGCAGUGCCAGCUUCUGGAAUUUUAGGCCCUAAUGGAUGACAAAUAUGCAUACAACAGAUAUUCAGCGUUCGGAAUCUGAUGGUACUUUGUUUUGUUGUUCUUCUCCACUCACCCCACUCCCCCUGAAACAAAACGGUGUUGUCACUGCUGCCAGGAACAGGCACUGAGCUGUGUGGUUAAAGCCUUGAAUGAAAUGCAUUGCAGUGGAGCAACAGGAAUGAGCGUAGGCCUCACAUACCAGGAUUACUUGGAGAUAAAAGACUGCAGAACAAAGCUGCCGAUGUGAUAAAACUUACUGACAAACAGCAUGCUUCAUCAGCAUCAAAAAGAUAAAUAAAGUUCUAUUCCUCUGUCCUCCUCAAUGUACCUGAAAUUUAAGUUACACUUAAUUUCUUAAUUCUACAGUUAUGGUAGAGCCCUAAAUACUUGAUUUUGAAUGCAUCAGAUACAAUUUUCCCCUUGUUCAGUAUGUCUGUGAUAUAAACCUGGGCUAAGCAAAUGAAAUAAAAUUGGAGCCUGCUGAAAAA